GGGGGGUGGAUUUGGCUUUUUUCCUUUUCGUCGACUGCCCGAUCGGGUCGUCGCUAUCCAUGCGAACUCUAUGCCCUUUGCACAUCCGCGUCGCGCGUCCCAACUGGUACGCCCGCGUGCCGGAAAAGCAGGCAGACAGCAAGCAAGCAGGCAAGCGUCACAUGCACAGUGCGUUAUCGUGGGCCACACGAGUUAGGAAGGAAGGUCGUGGUACAUACGGUACAUACAUACACGGGGAUGACUGAGGCUGACGGACUCGGGCUUUCGUGAGUCAGAGCUUGCCGAUGAUGCGGUGAUGUCCUGGAUGGGGAAGGAUGGAAUGGAGGCUGCGGGGAGGGGGUCCGGUGUCGGCUGUCGUCGGCUGUCUUGGUUGUGGUGUUGCUGCUGCUGCUGCUGCUGCUGCUGCUGCUGCUGCGGAGAACACACGUGUACGUGUACGUGCUGCGAUCACUGCGGUCACUGCCGCGAAGAGAGAUGCUGCCCGGGAGAUGAAACGGGGGAUGCGGGUGUUGCGGAUGGUGCGGCGGAGGAGGGGAGAGGAGAGGUGCUGACGAUGAUUGCCUCUUGGGUCGUCCCAAUAGAUGCGCGUUUCCUUUUUUU